AUGUUUGCCGACGACCAGGUACCCCGCGGGGCGCUUCUUACAGUUGGUCCCAUGUUGCAUUCUUCUCAGCACGAUUGUACAGCAGCAGCACACAGCCGGCCGCCUGCCUACGGGUGGGGGAGGGCCGCGCGGAGCGGCCCUCCACCACCGGGUGCACUCCCUCCUAGCGCGGCGAGACGGUGA